AAUCAAAAGCACGAACUUCUACACCUAACAUUACUUCCACACCUACUGCUUCUUUUUCUCUGUCUUAUGAACAUCUUAAUUCACCUUCUCAGCUUACUAACACUACUUCUAUAACUACUACUUCUUUUUCUCUGUCUUAUGAAAGUCAUCUUUCAGAUUCUCAGCCUACUAACACUAAUUAUUCUACAUUUCCUCUACUCCUUUGA